AUGGCCGACACUGCACCAUCAUCCGACCCAGCGCGGCUGCGAUCGCGCGCAACCCUUGCCAGCGAGAAUGAAAAGCCAGCUUCGUCGAUCACUCCAGAGGUCCACACCACAGGUGUCGAGGUGUACCCAGAAACGUCGAGCGAUGUACCGAAAGACAAGCUGGUCAACGAAGAAGUCGUCGAGACUGAUGCCGACCUUGAAAACCCGCAAGAUCCGCAGUUGAAGGGCAUUCCUCCGCAGGUCUUGAGAGUCGUCAGCCUGCACGAUGAUCCCACCGAGCUUUGCCUGACGUUCCGGUAUUGGGUCCUUGCUACCAUCUUUGUCGCUCCUGGUGCCUUUCUUUCUCAGAUGAACAGCUUUCGCACCACCUACGCACCCUACUCGGUCUUUUUCGUUCAGAUUGCCAGCAACUAUGUCGGAAUAUGGCUGGCCAAAGUUUUGCCCAAGAAGCCCAUUACCGUUCCAGGAACCAGGUGGAAGUUUAGUAUGAACCCGGGUCCAUGGACUACGAAAGAGCAUGUACUAGUCACCAUCACGACGACUUCUGGGGCCAUCGGUAACUUGGGAGUAACGCCGCUUGCGCUGGCAGAGCUGUACUACAACAAGCGGGUAAAUGCGGGCGCUGCAAUCUUCUUUAUGCUUGCAAUUGUCUGGACGGGAUACAGUUUUGCGGCCAUUGGACGGCAGAUCUUGAUGUACGAACCUGCGUAUCCGUGGUUUCAAUCACUCUGCCAGAGUGCGCUCUUCGAAACACAGAAGAAGCAGCGUCAGGCACCUACUAAGACUGCACGCAAGCAGAUGUGGGUGUUUUGGGGCGUCCUUUUCGGAGUGACGCUUUGGCAGUUCUUGCCUGAAUUCGUCAUGCCAUUCUUUGGCUCUUUGGCGUUCCUCUGCUGGGUCGCGCCUCACAACAAGGCCGCCAACUUCAUUGGAUCCGGGCUUGGUGGAAUGGGCUUCCUCAAUCUUACCUUUGACUGGGCCAACAUCUCCAACUACAACGCCGGAGUCAAUCUAUUCCUCAGUCCUUGGUGGACACAGGUCGUGCUCUUCAUGUCAUACGUACUGUGCUGCUGGGUGCUGAUGCCGGCCGCUCAAUUUGGCAAGCUUGGAUCUUACCACUAUGGAUUGCAGACGAACAGACCGCUGAGAGAGAACGGUACUCUUUACCCCGUGGCAGACCUUGUCACGCCGGACAAUACCCUCAAUCAAACCGCAUACGACUUGAACGGGCCGAUCUACCAGGGAACGCAGCAACUGUGGUCAAUGUUCUUCGACUACGCUUCGUAUACGUCGGCUUAUGCGUGGAUCGCAUGCUUCGGCUACAAGCAGAUUCGUUCUGCAUUCACCAAGUUUAGGGCAAGGCAGAAGAACCCGGGCGAGGGCAUCAACCAUCAGUACGCCGACCGCUUGAACAUCUUGAUGAGAAGCUACAAGGAGGUUCCGCUGUGGUGGUAUACUGUCUUGUUUCUUUGCUCCUUCGUUGCGCUCAUCACGUGCAUAGCCACUGGCAACCUCUUCAUUCCAGUCUGGACUUACUUCGUUGCGGUGGCUACCGGUGCGCUCACCAUCAUUCCCAUGGGAUGGCUGUUUGCCGUGUCGAACUAUCAGCUGCCUAUUGGGACUUUCAACGAACUUCUAUACGGGACGAUGUUGCAGGCAGUGUCCGGGAAUCGCAACCCAGCCGGUGCAUCCAUUUACAGUUCUAUCGCCGGCGAUGCCUGGUAUAGAGCACAGUACAUGAUGCAGGACCAGAAGAUUGGCCACUAUAUGCAUGUUCCUCCUCGGGCGGUGUUUGUGAGCCAGAUCUUUGGCACAAUCAUUGGAGUGCCAAUCAACUACGGAACCAUGAGAUGGAUCUUGGACUCGAAGCGCGAGUACCUGAAUGGUACUUUGACUGACCCAGCCCAUAUCUGGACGGGCCAGACUGUCGCGUCGGCCUUGAGUACUGGUGUCCAGUACGUUCUCGUCGGACCAUCUCGACUGUUCAGAGAGAAAAUCUUCGCACCUCUCCCAUACGCUUUCCUCGUCGGCGCUGGUGUUCCUGUGGUUAUCUACACCCUCCAUCGCCUCUUUCCGCGCGCCAAAUUCAAUCUCUGGAACUCGACGAUCUUCUUCUCGGGUGCCUCGACCUUCUACGGCAACAUCUCCACAGGCUACUUCUCCCGUUUCCUCGGCGGGUUCGUUGUCAUGUUCUGGGCCUACAGGUAUCGAUAUGAGCUAUGGAGUCGGUACAACUACAUCUUGGCCGCCGCCUUUGAUGCUGGAUUCAACCUGAACAUGCUUCUGAUCUUCUUGUGCUUUGGGGCGGCGAAGGUCAUCACAAUGCCGAACUGGUGGGGGAAUAAUGCUGAUAGCGUGGAGAGGUGUUUUGCGCUGCCGGACGAUGGACCCGUCUCGAGUGGUGACAGCUGA